AUGGAGUACGUCCUCUCAUUUCUGAAGAGCCAUUUUGAGCUGUGGCUGAGCUUCAGCUCUAUUUUUAUUGAUAGCAACCUCAACUACACUUUUAUUAGUGGGUUGGGGUUGAUCUUUUUGUACCUGAGCUACCUGGUAUUAAAGCUAUUUUUCACAACCAUCUGGAAAAAUAAGACCAUCAAAAAGUGUCGGGGUAGAGCCAAGAGGCGGUGGAAAGGUGGAACAUUUAGAGAAUACUCAGAGGAGAAAGUCAUGGGAAAGACAGUCAACCUGAGACAUUUCUCAGAGUUCUUCCUUAGCCCAUCUGUGGGCAGGAAUCUGAGAUGCAUGGACAAUGGGUACUGCCCAAAAGAUGAUGAUCCCCAGAGCCAACAUCAAGAUACCACCAGCUUCCGUCACCUGCUGUGUCCAGACCCUCACUGUACGGUGUGUAACAGAGUGGCUGCCAAAGUCAGUCGACUGUUGUCACUGGGGUACCUGCUAGAUACUUCCUCUGUGCAUUAUGUGGCUUCCUCAGAUUCUGUGAUUAAGACCUCAUUCACUGUGACAUCUGGCCACUCAAAAACUCGUCCAAGAGGCCAAAAAUCAGCCUCUUUGCGUGUGCCAUCUCCACCUCCCCCUUCUACUGUCUCACUUAACCAUGGUGCUUCUUUACCUGGUUUGCUGUCCCCCGAACCACCAGCCGACUCAGUACCACCAGAGCCUAUUCCUCCCUUGGCUUCAAAACUCCCAGUGGACCCUUUCCCACCCCAACCUAUUGCUAUUUGCCCUCCCACACCACAACAUACUCAGAGAUCAGAAAAUGAUCUCCAUCCAGAGUUUGCUCUAUCUGCAAUGAAUAGCCCUGAUGGGUUGUCAACUGAUACUCCAAGAGUCAGUGAAAUUGACCAUUCAAUGCCAGAAUCAUCCUGGCAGCAGGCCCAGGUCAAGGAUGCCAAAGACUUGUCCUCUUCCAACUUAGAACAAGACUCCCUUUGUUUUAGAAACAGCAAAGGCAAACCAGAGGAGCUGCAAAUGAAUCAGCAGCCUCCAUCGUCUAGGUCCUCUGACAAUCAGUUACAAGAAAAAUGUAUGCAAUACUUUUUCGGUCUUCCAUCUUUGCACAGUGAGUCUUUGUGCUCAAUUAUCCAUCAUUCAGAUGACUGCCCCUCAACUUUGGUCAUCUUUAAUGGCAUCUCCAAAGCUUCUACAUCUCAAGGAUCUUUAGGACUUUCCAAUUUCCAGCCUCUGAUCUUGCCUGAGAUCCAAUCUCAAUCCUCAACUAAAAUUUUCUCCCAAUCACAGUCACAACAUGCUACUCAGGCCCAGUCUCAGUCCAACCUUCAAUCUCCAAUCCCAAUGCUACCAACAUCUCCCGAUUUCCAGCUUAGGAUCUGUGGAGUGUGCUUCCAUAGACCCCAUAAUGAGGCACAGUGUCUCAUGCAAUCUGAACUUCAUCAACUAGAAUACAAUGUGCUACAGAAAGAACAGGAACGUUUAUGGGGUUUACCCUCGAUGGUCCAAACAUCUCAGGAAUACUAUUGUCCUCCACCUCCCAACUUUUCAUUGGUGAGCCAGUCCUCCAAAAUCCAUGUUCCAAUCUCCAUCAUUCCUGGAGAUUACCCUCUGAGCAGUGAGCUUCGUAAGAAAUUUGAAUACCACCUUAGAAAGAGACUCAUUCAACACCGAUGGGGCCUACCCCACAGGGUCCAUGAGUCUCUGACACUGGUGAAUCCUGAGAGAGAUGUUCCUGAAAUAUAUGCACCAAAGAGUUUUCAGAGACUCAAAUGGAUAUCUUUGUUGAAGGAACAGAGUAGCAACAAUUUAAGGAAUUCUGAAUCAAGCCGACUUCCAAUCUCCCAUGAGACAAGCUCAGAAGAGUCUCAGUCAGAUAACAAUGAGAAGGGCAAUCAGAGACAUAGCCCAAAGAAUGGCCCUAGUGAUCAUCUAUUGAGUGACCCAGAUGGAUACUCAGAUAACAGUUUAGGGUCUGACUCUGAUAAAGAUCAAGGAAGUCAUACAGUGAGUCUGUAUGGAAAUGAUUCAAGGGCCUCAGGGAUAAGUAUAAGUCAGAAACAAUUAGAAAAUGCACUCAAAGAACAUUUGAAUAAGAAAAUUGGGGAAAUAAAUGAGGGUAGACUUCCUGAAACUGUCCAUAGUUCAUGGCAUGCCGUCAAGCAGACAAUGUCCUUUGCUGAGAAAUCUCACAGCCAAAAACAGAUAGAUGGGGCAUUAUCUGUGAGAAACAUUAGCUUGAACACUUACCAGGAGAUUUCUUUCUUAGCUUCUGGCAAACAAAAGAUGCUGGAAGAACAUAUAAGCAGUUUUUGCAUGAGGAUGAGGUGUGGCCUUCCCACCAGGGUCCUUGAAUCCAUACAGAUCUUCAACAAGAGAGAGGACUCAUCUUCUUCCUUAGGCCAUUCCUAUUGUUCCUCCCAAGAUAGCCUUAGUUCUGCGAUGCAUUCCAAAGUUAUGGUGUCCACUUCACUUGGUAGGAGCUCUACACCAAUGUGUAGAGACAAAUUGAAGAUAAAGUCAGCACCCAAUCUGGAUCAUCUCCUUCCUGCUGCAUCACUUGUAGGGAAGGGAGGACAGGGGGACCUGAGACCACUGUCCCCAGAGGAAAACCAGGAGAUUGCAGGUGUUCAGAUUAAGGGUGGCAGACAGACUUGUCCAUGCAUCACAGGCAAAGAAAUUAAGAAACAGACUGGACCAGACAGUGGACACAGCCGAGUGCUGGUGUCCACGAAUCAUGAUGGGACUAGACCUGAGCCAAAGGAUAAGAGAAUGAGUUCCAGCAACAAAGAAGAAAGGCUUCAGGCUCCCAAAGUAAAGACUUCAGAAUACUUCCCAAUGUUUAACAAGUCUAGAGAGAUAUUUAAGGCAAAGGAGCUCCUUGCUCUUCAAUCAAAAUCUGCCAAUGCCUUGACAACCAACAAGUCAGGGGACUCUACAGCAGUAGCUGUGAAAACAAAGAAUGAAGAAACUAUCCUGGCUACUGAAAUUCCCUCACCAACAUCAGUUUCCCAGGAUCCUAAACUAUCAGAAUUUAAAAACAACUUGAUUAAAGAAUUAAAGUUGAAAUUGCAGGAUAGGGAUCAUAUCUCUGUUAAAGAGCAGACUAUUGAUAUGGCUGUUGCCUCAGAUAACUUGAUUUCCAAAACCUUGAAGACUCAUGCCCAGGGUGUCUCCAAUGGGAAGAUCGAAGCUUCUCAGGUUAUGCACGUACAUUUGGACAGCACACCAGUCAGCAUGGAACAGCAUCAGGAGCCCUGGGUCCCUAAGCAUAUCCUGCAGAACUGCUGGGAUAAGAAUGUCCCACCAAAUCCCAAAUCAGGAGAUCUUGGUGAAGGGGAUGCAGGGUUGGGGACACCACAACCCAGGAGGAACAGCUGCCCUGCUCAAGACAGGGCAUUAAAGAAGAUGCUUGGAAGCAGAUCUUCCCCAACCUCAUCACUGAAGGAUCAGCCUCCUCCUGAAAAUCUGUUUAAAAAACAAAUAAAGACAUUUUUGCAAUGGAUUUGUCCUAACAGGACAAACAAAAGGCAAGAAAGGUUCCUUGGGAAUGGGACCUCCCCACCAUCAUCUGUGCAGAGACAAAGCAAAGUUAAUAGUAGAGCUGCUUCUACUGGCAACACCAAAACUCUGAAAGUGACGACAGACAUUGGCAAGGUGUUAAAUGUGAAACCAGGGAGUAGCCGUGGUGUCAGAAUCACCUGCCCCCAAGAAUCACGUUCUUCUCUGACAAAGCCUGUGAAAACACUUAAGGCACAAUUACAGUCCCAGGCAGAUACUGUCCAGGGACAUCCUUUUAACUACACAGCUUCCUCCUGUAAAACAAAAACUACAAAGUCCUGUAGCCAAGAAGUGCCCUUGGCUGACCAAAAUUACCCCUCAAAGAAUGCCCUGAACAAAGACAGGGUUAAUCCUGAGGAGUCAUUAGAAGGUAUUCCUACCCCUACUCCAUACAGAAAGUAA